AUGGAUGUGACCCAACCUACGGAAAGGACUCCGCUCAUAGAGCAUUCUGGCAGUGCUUCUGAUUCACUACCGUACAUCCUCGAGCUAGAAAGGAGUAUUUACGCCGACGCUGCCUACCCUGCUGUCCACACGAUAAUUGAACAGAAGGUCGAUGCCUAUACCACGUCUCCGAGUAUAGGGCUUACUCUCAAGCUUCUAUUGUGCCUGAGAUACCUAUCAGGGUCUUAUUUCCAGUUGGACAAGGCAGACUGGGUCGAUUCCCGAUCCGUCGAACAGGAUGCAACAGAGUUGGCCCUUCGAUGUUGGUCUGAGCUCCAGAGAGUUGCGUGGUCCCAAGCCGCGUUCGAUGAAGCUCUGUGGACAGAGUUUCCUUUGGAGAAUGGGAGGAAUGGAACGGGAUGGUACACAUCAUUGAUUAAGACUAUCUUGACAAACAAAGACGGCCUUCCGCAUUCCAUUCAACUUGACGAUCGGAUAGCUCUCAGUCUUCUGCGGGUCUGGAAGAAAGGAAGACCUCGGCAGGUGCACAGUACACGCGCAUCAUCAAGAGAUACUCUCAUGAUGCGGAUCGAAAGUUUCGCUACACCUCGUGUCCUUCAUCUGGCCAAUCUUGCGUUUUUCCUGGCUUACCUGGCAAUAAUUGCAAAGUACAUCCUCAACACAGCUCCGACCUAUUCGAAAUACGUUGACGGUCCUGACUACCAUUUUUAUUGCAUUACGAUUUACGCUAUUUCUCGUAUCCUCGGUGACUCUUGGCCUUCCACAACACCGUUCGUCCUGACUUUAAUGGCGUUCUUGUCGGCACUUCCUGGGAUGCCAGGGAGACAUGAAAUCUCACAUAACGUAUUGCUUAUUGCCUUCGCGCUACAUGUUGUCCAACUGCUUCUACUGCGUUCACCGUCUCUUUCACUACUAGAUCCUUGUUCUUCAACUUUCGUACCUUCAUUGAUGCUCCAAAAUCUGCUUGUCUCCGUAUUCAUGCCAACCUUCCUUCUCUUCGUACCCUACCUGAUUUUACUCCUCGUCCUUUUGGCCGUGUCCUUCCAUGAUAUAUUCCUCGGGGCGAGCACUCCCAUGGCUUUUGACAUCUUCAUCUACUGCGUGUUCUUCC